CUGGAGGAAAGUGGGAGCCAUAGAGGGUUGUGGGCAGAAGAGGGGUGUACCCUGACUCAGAUGCUCACAGGCAACCUCUUGUGGUGGCUGCAGGGAGGACAGACUGUGGGGGACAGGGGCUGGAGUCAGGAGACCAGCUGAGUGAUGAUGAGGCUGGACCAGACCGAGGAGGGGGUGAGAAGUGGGUGAAUUCUGGGUGUAUUUCAGAGUGUCACUGCCGCUGUCUGCAUAUGGAGGAAGCGCGUCCGUCUCAUAGUCUAGCUGGCCUGGCUCCCCCAGCCCCCCAACUCCCCGUGCCCAGGCCUGUGUCGAGUGGGCGGAAGAAAGAGAUGUCAGAUUCUGCAUGGAAGGGGUGGGGUGGGGCUGGGCCGCAGGUGCUCCCCCAGCUCCCCCCGCCCCAUGGCUCCUCCUCCUCCACCCCCUCUCAGGGCAACAGUUACAGGCAAAGAAGAGGAAGUGGUAGCACUAGCUGUCGCUCCACAGGCCAGCAGGGCGGGCGUGCGGGCGGGUGGGUGGUGGAGGCCGCGAGGGUGCACGACCGGCUCUGAGCAGGCAGCAGCCAUGGAGCUGUGGCGCCAGUGCACCCACUGGCUCAUCCAGUGCCGAGUGCUGCCGCCCAGCCACCGCGUGACCUGGGAUGGGGCUCAGGUGUGUGAACUGGCCCAGGCCCUCCGGGAUGGUGUCCUUCUGUGUCAGCUGCUUAACAACCUGCUACCCCAUGCCAUCAACCUGCGUGAGGUCAACCUGCGCCCCCAGAUGUCCCAGUUCCUGUGCCUUAAGAACAUUAGAACAUUCCUGUCCACCUGCUGUGAGAAGUUCGGCCUCAAGCGGAGUGAGCUCUUCGAAGCCUUUGACCUCUUCGAUGUGCAGGAUUUUGGCAAGGUCAUCUACACCCUGUCUGCUCUGUCCUGGACCCCGAUUGCCCAGAACAGGGGGAUCAUGCCCUUCCCCACCGAGGAGGAGAGUGUAGGUGAUGAAGACAUCUACAGUGGCCUGUCCGACCAGAUCGACGACACGGUGGAAGAGGAUGAGGACCUGUAUGACUGCGUGGAGAAUGAGGAGGCGGAAGGCGACGAGAUCUAUGAGGACCUCAUGCGCUCGGAGCCCGUGUCCAUGCCGCCCAAGAUGACAGAGUAUGACAAGCGCUGCUGCUGCCUGCGGGAGAUUCAGCAGACGGAGGAGAAGUACACGGACACGCUGGGCUCCAUCCAGCAGCAUUUCAUGAAGCCCCUGCAACGGUUCCUGAAACCUCAAGACAUUGAGAUCAUCUUUAUCAACAUUGAGGACCUGCUUCGUGUUCAUACUCACUUCCUAAAGGAGAUGAAGGAAGCCCUGGGCACCCCUGGCGCAGCCAAUCUCUACCAGGUCUUCAUCAAAUACAAGGAGAGGUUCCUCGUCUACGGCCGCUACUGCAGCCAGGUGGAGUCAGCCAGCAAACACCUGGAUCGUGUGGCCGCAGCCCGGGAGGACGUGCAGAUGAAGCUGGAGGAAUGUUCUCAGCGAGCCAACAACGGGAGGUUCACCUUGCGGGACCUACUGAUGGUGCCUAUGCAGCGAGUUCUCAAAUAUCACCUUCUUCUCCAGGAGCUGGUGAAACACACACAGGAGGCGAUGGAGAAGGAGAACCUGCGGCUGGCCCUGGAUGCCAUGAGGGACCUGGCUCAGUGCGUGAACGAGGUCAAGCGAGACAACGAGACACUGCGGCAGAUUACCAAUUUCCAGCUCUCCAUUGAGAACCUGGACCAGUCUCUGGCUCACUAUGGCCGGCCCAAGAUCGACGGGGAGCUCAAGAUCACCUCGGUGGAACGGCGCUCCAAGAUGGACAGGUAUGCCUUCCUGCUCGACAAAGCUCUGCUCAUCUGUAAGCGCCGGGGAGACUCCUAUGACCUCAAGGACUUUGUGAACCUGCACAGCUUCCAGAUUCGGGAUGACUCUUCAGGAGACCGCGACAACAAGAAGUGGAGCCACAUGUUCCUGCUGAUUGAGGACCAAGGUGCCCAGGGCUAUGAACUGUUCUUCAAGACAAGAGAAUUGAAGAAGAAGUGGAUGGAGCAGUUUGAGAUGGCCAUCUCCAACAUCUACCCGGAGAAUGCCACUGCCAACGGGCAUGACUUCCAAAUGUUCUCCUUUGAGGAGACCACGUCCUGCAAGGCUUGUCAGAUGCUGCUUAGAGGUACCUUCUAUCAGGGCUAUCGCUGCCAUCGGUGCCGGGCACCUGCACACAAGGAGUGUCUGGGGAGGGUCCCUCCGUGUGGCCGACAUGGGCAAGAUUUCCCGGGAACUAUGAGGAAGGACAAACUGCAUCGCAGGGCUCAGGACAAAAAGAGGAAUGAGCUGGGUCUGCCCAAGAUGGAGGUGUUCCAGGAAUACUAUGGGCUUCCUCCACCCCCUGGAGCCAUUGGACCCUUUCUACGACUCAACCCUGGAGACAUUGUGGAGCUCACAAAGGCUGAGGCUGAACAGAACUGGUGGGAGGGCAGGAAUACAUCUACUAAUGAAAUUGGCUGGUUUCCUUGUAACAGGGUGAAGCCCUACAUCCGUGGCCCUCCUCAGGACCUGUCUGUUCAUCUCUGGUACGCAGGCCCCAUGGAACGGGCAGGGGCAGAAAGCAUCCUCGCCAACCGCUCAGACGGGACUUUCUUGGUGCGGCAGAGGGUGAAGGAUGCAGCCGAAUUUGCCAUCAGCAUUAAAUAUAACGUCGAGGUCAAGCACAUUAAAAUCAUGACAGCAGAGGGACUGUACCGGAUCACAGAGAAAAAGGCUUUCCGGGGGCUUACGGAGCUGGUGGAGUUUUACCAGCAGAACUCCCUAAAGGAUUGCUUCAAGUCUCUGGAUACCACCUUGCAGUUCCCCUUCAAGGAGCCUGAGAAGAGGACCAUCAGCAAGCCAGCAGUGGGAAGCACAAAGUAUUUUGGCACAGCCAAAGCCCGCUAUGACUUCUGCGCCCGGGACCGAUCAGAGCUGUCGCUCAAGGAGGGUGACAUCAUCAAGAUCCUUAACAAGAAGGGACAGCAAGGCUGGUGGCGAGGGGAGAUCUAUGGCCGGGUUGGCUGGUUCCCUGCCAACUACGUGGAGGAAGAUUAUUCUGAAUACUGCUGAGCCCUGGUGCAUUGGCAGAGAGACGAGAGACUCCAAGCUCUGAGCCCGGCGUGGGCAGGCAGCGGGGCCAGGGGCUGUGACAGCUCCCAGCAGGUGGAGACCUUGGGAUGGACUGGAGGAGGCCAGUGUCCGGCUGGCGGUGCUCCCGGGAUGUGCCCUGUCACGGUUAAUUUAUAACACCCGAUUUCCUCUUGGGUCCCCUCAAGCAGAUGGGCUCAAGGGGUUUACAUUUAAUAAAAGAAUGAAGAUGGAU